AUGCUCUACAAACCUAUCAGCUCGCUAAUUCUACUUGGAUUUGUUCUGGCUACUUCUGUUAACGCCUUACACUUCUAUCUCGACUCCAACGAAAAACGAUGUUUUAUUGAAGAAUUGCCCACUGAGACGAUUGUCGAGGGUCAUUAUCGAGCGCUUGAAUGGGACGAAAAAGAAAAUAAAUAUAUGUCACACGACUCACUGGGGAUACAGGUUGAUGUCGAGGCAAGUGAAGUUGACGAGGUCCACUCUGGACACAGUGUCACGCGUACGCGUGGGCCUUCGGAGGGACGGUUCACUUUCACUUCUCACGAGUCGGGAGAUCAUUCGAUUUGCCUUUCGACCAACUACACAUCCGGAUGGUUUUCUAGCACCCAUAUUCGGAUGUAUCUCGAUAUAAAUGUUGGGGCUGCAAAGGCCAAUGUAGAGCACGACCGGGACCAUGUCACGGAGAUGGCCGACAAAAUACGCGAGCUCAACCAUAAACUCGCAGAAAUCAGACGCGAGCAGCAGUACCAACGGGAGCGCGAGGCGGAUUUCAGAAAUCUGAGCGAGGCCACUAAUGCUCGAGCUGUUUGGUAUAUUAUUGCGCAGAUCACAGUCUUAGUGCUGACUUGCGCGUGGCAAUUGCGUCACCUCAAGCAUUUCUUCGAAGAUCACAAGCUUUGA